UUUCAUUCCAAAUAAAUAACCAUGGAAACUAAGGUUAAAGAACAUUCUUUUUUUAUGACCGGCACCAAGCGAUACACUGUCCGCAGCUGGUCCCUGCCCCAGGCGUUGAGCACCAAUUGUCUUGUGAAGUGCUCUCAAAACACAAAAACUCUGUGUGUGCUCGGUGUGUGUGUGCAAAUGCAUGCACCACUCUGACUAGUCUCAUCCAUACCUUCGAGGGAAAAGCACGGAUGCGCUGCUUCCAGAAGACUAGUAGAGAGUGAACCCCCCUCCCCUCUCUCUCUCUCCCUCUUUCUCUGUAUGUGCCUAAGUCUCUCUCUCACACACACUUUCUCUCUCCCUCAAAACCUCUCGGUGUGAGCUUGCCAGUUUUGAAGCUUCUUUCCACAUCAUAUUGGACCUUGAAGCGGUGACUUGGCUCGUUCUUCGCCUCUUCUCCACCGUGCGGCAGCUGCAUUCUCCUCCGCCGCCGCGACCUGCGGACAUAACCGGACGUCUUCGCUCGUAUGCCGGGGGCGGGGGGCUCGACUUAAAGUGGAUCAUUACAGAUUGGUCUUGCACUACUACGAACCAAGCUGUCGGAAACUUGGGGGACGAGCGGUGAGAGGAAAAAAGCAAAAGAAGCUAGUAUUUGAAUCUGGAAUUACCCACAAGCAAGACUUUGGAUUUAUCUUCCUUGGAUUUCUGUGAAUUUGUCUGUUCUGGAAAUCACUGGUACCACAUGCUGAGUACUUCAACUAAUUUUUUUUUUGUCUUACACCUUUAAGACCCUUCACGAAUCACAAAAAGUAUAUUUUGAAGUGAAUUUUUUGUCCAGAAAGAUUUAAACCGUUGGUGAAAUGUCUCCGCUGAAGGGGAGAAGAAUCAGGACCUGCGCUCUGUUGUUUUUCGCCGUCACUUUCACCAUGUUACUUUUGACUUACACUUUCAGAGACCCGUCGCUCUACUUCUUCAAGCACGCCUUCCACCGCCCCGACAAUGUUUUCUCCAAAGGGCCUUGCGCCUGUCAUCGGUGCACGUCGGACCCGGAGGGAGACCCGUGGUUCACUGAGCGCUUCAAUCAGUCCAUGUAUCCACUGAUGACCAGAGAGAACGGCAUCCUCUCGAAUGACACCCUUCAAUGGUGGCAGCUGUUGCAGCCAGAUGAACAUCCGGCCAACUACAGCCAAGUGGUGGAAAAGCUGUUUCAAGUUGUUCCCAAUGACGUGCACUACGCGGAUGCCAGUCCCGGCCGCUGCAGGACCUGCUCGGUGGUGGGCAACUCCGGGAACCUGAAGGGCUCGCAGUGCGGACCUCUGAUCGAUGCCAGCGAUUUUGUCUUCAGGAUGAACGAGGCGUUCACCGAGGGCUACGAGGAAGACGUCGGUACCAGAACGACUCAUCAUUUCCUGUACCCUGAGAGCGCCAAGGACCUGGAUGACAACACCAGUCUCGUCUUCAUCCCGUUCAAGGUUUUGGAUCUUCAGUGGAUCAUUAGUGCUCUCACCACAGGCACUGUUACAAAAACAUUUUUUCCCGUCAAGUCCAAAAUAAAGGCCAACAAAGAUAAGGUGUUAAUUUACAGCCCCACAUUUUUAAAAUAUGUCCAUGACUCGUGGAUGGAGGGUCACGGUCAGUAUCCUUCAACUGGCUUUCUGAGUUUACUCUUCGCUAUUCACAUCUGUGAUAAGGUCAAUGUGUUUGGAUUCGGGGCCGACCAGUACGGAAAUUGGCAUCACUACUGGGAUUUUAAUGCCGGAAUUCCAAACUCAAUUCAUGAUAGAGAUUAUGAAUAUAAUGUAACCUUGCUGCUGGCAGAAAAACACAAGAUCAAACUGUAUAAGGGCAGAUUAUAGCAAGCCUGUACGUGCAGUGACUCUUCGAGCCGUUAGAUUAUUCUCUCCUCUGGGGGAAGAACGUUUUCAUUAUGGCCACAGACGUUUUCUCAUCGAUUCCUCUUGUCUUUUCAGCUCUCUGUUGCUGCCCGAAGCUAGCGUUUGAGAAAUGUCACACCAAUUGACAGAGCCACACUUUCUUUUUCUUCUCAGAAACAGGCUCUGACACGGCAUCAAGUGAGGACAAAAGCAACUCUGCCGUUUUUGUGUUGGCGCAUUUUUCAGAUUAGCUACAGUUGGGGUUUUUUUUUUACAAUCCCUGAGAAGAAAUUGUUCUUCAAUUACCCCCUCCUCUGUCAAAUUUGCAGCCGUAUUCAUAUACAUAACCAAAUAUUAUUUGCCCCUCCUUGCACAAUAGUGGCAGUGGACCUCCGGGCAUGCUUAGGGCAGCUACGUUUUCGAACUCUGUGUUGCUAUUUUUACAAGCUGUUUCAAGUGUGCAGGAUUUGAAUGAUAUGUGAGUAGUUUAACAGAGGGCGUUACCGAGCUCAGUCUCACUGACGGUGCACUGCUCAUACACUGUAUACAGUUCUGGAAGUUUGCUGCUGUUUGCGAACUUUAAGUUUGGUGUUCAGCUCAAAGCAAAGUAAAAUAAAACGUGCCAGUGCCCAUCAGAGUCAUGCUCAGUUGUGUUCUUCUUCUAAACAUUUCAAAUAUUUAUUUUUUCUUUACAUUGCAACAAGUCUCUGGCAGAUGUUGAAGGAUCUCAGACGUCUCCGGAAAAAGAAGGCAACGCUGCUCCUGCGUGCAGGGGGCGCCACUGUUCUUAUCCGGAUCAUUUUUCAUUGUCGUUGUAGAAACAGACGUGCUCGCUAGUCUUCACGAGAAUGCUUCAUGACACGAGAGAAUUAUUCAAUAACAUCAAAGAACAUUUCAAUCUUAAUGUGAAUGUGCAGUGAAGAGUAUCAAGAGACACUGACUGUCAAAAUGUAUUAUUUAUAUGUAUAUAAAAAAAAACUCUUAGUCUUUGUGUUGUGUUUCAUUUAUCAUCCUGGUAGCUAAAACAGUCGACACAGCUGUGAUCAGACACAUGUCACAAUAAUCAGCAGGAUAUUGAGCAAAAAAAAAACCAAAAAAAAAAAAACAACAACUCAGAAACAUAACUUUGUUUGGUAUAUAUCAAAGUGAAGAACCAAAUACUGACAAAGACAAAAAAUUAAGCUGUAGAGCCAUACUCGCCAGUGAAUUUUCCUUAAAGGAUUGUUAAGCAUUAGUACAUUUUUCAACUGGGUCAAAGGUCAGUUAAGAUCAAGCAGGAAAAUUGAAACCCAGGACGUUCUGCAU